AUGCAUGAGUACUACUCCUUCAUUAAGGGAGAUUGGAGCUUUUUGGAGGGAACGUGCUUGAACAGUAAAGUGACGGUAAAGUGUACUGGAACAUUACAUGUUUGCGGCAGUGUGCACAUAAGCAGAGAGCAGAGGGACUACGAGCUGCUCAAUGUGGUGCUCUUCUUUGCGGGGCGCUUCCUGCAGGGACAAGGGCUGCAAAUAUCCCUCCUCAGCGCGGCCAGCAAGGCUGAUGAUGGGCUGGGGCUCGGCGUUCCCUUCUGCUCAGUUCUGGUGCAGGCCUUCUUUAUCCGCAACAAGCGGGACAUGAUCAACAUCCAGCUGAAGCUUCUUCAAAUGAAGAAGGACGAGGCUGAAAAGCGGCGGCUGGAGGCCGAGGCCGAGUUGAAGAGCUUGCAGGGCCACGAGGAGACCUCUGGUGCCGAAGUGCAGGCGCUUCAGCAGUCGCUGCAGCAAGAGGCGGGGAAAGACCACGAGCAGUUGCUCAAGGAGCAGGAGGAGCAUCGAGAGAAGGUGCUCGGCGAAGCAGAGCAGGUCUUCGGCCUCCUCAACGAGCGCGCGAAGAAGGCCAGCGCGGAGGCCGAAGCGCAGGUGAAGAAGUGGGAGGAAGGCGAUGGCGGCGAGCUGCUCCAAGCAAUGAGCCGCGGAGAGGGCGCGGCCAAGCUCCAGCAGAUGCUUGGGCAGGUGGACUAUCGCGGGAUGGCUUCGGAAUACGCUGCACAGGCACAGCAGAUGGCGGGCGACAUUCAAGACCAGGCCGCCGCGUGA